AUGGCCGACUCUUCACCACCCAUCAUGUCACUCGCCGAGGCUAAGCUACAGCGCCAGAAUGAGCGCAUCCAUCUGGCGGAGGCAGCGCUCGCCAACCCGCCGCAGCUGGAGCGAAGCCGUCCCCAGUCACGCGCAAAAUCGAAGCCAACAAUGAAAUCUCUAGACAAUUCCGUAUACUCAGGAAGAUCAAGAGCGACCAGCGUCAGCUCCGGGGGUGUUGCCAUUGAGACGAGAGUCAACAGUUACCGCACCGAAGGUCCUCACUUGGGUCGCCCAUACAGCAGAUCCUCGCAGGAUGAUCCUCGCACAACGAACACGGAAGCUGUUGGAAUGGAGCGACAAGAUUCUGCACUGGACGAUACGGGCUUUCAGACAUAUACGGGUCGCCGCAACAGUCGAAGGGGCGAGCUGGGUGCCUACGAGGAUAAGCCGGAAGUGAAGCAGGCCACUGUUGAGGCUACUGUGGACCAACGCGAAAUUCUUGCCGUCUUCGCCAACCCACUUCCAGGAUUGGAGUUCCUCGCGAGUCAGGCUGGCUGGCGUAAUGGUCAGGUGCAGUUCAUCCAACACCCUAACGGGGAUGUUUCUGCACACAUGUGGUCACUGAGAAGCUAUCAGUGGGACAAUAUCGGUCAAUUCUCCAACAUCCGUAAAAAGAUCGAAGGACAGCUCGCAGGCGAUCAUCUGAAAGGGGAGACCGCCUACCAAAAGUUGCAGCAGAACUCGCUGGCAUACUUUCGCACCAUCGCGAAGCAACGCGAAGCAGCAACUGCAGGACUAGAUUUUGGGCAGACAGAAAUUCAACAGCUCCUACCGGACCCUGCCCAAGCCAAGCUCUCUGCUUCCAGCAAGAAACWCAAUGCUGCCACUCCGGCAUUUUCACAAAUCGCUCAAGACUCCGGUUUGGCUGAACGACAGGACGCGAGACUCCAAACCACUCAGCAGCAGCGUACCAUCCCUCAAUCAAUCGAGCUGGUCGAACCUCACUCAUUCUACGCUGUGCCUCAGGGCUCGCGCGUCGUUGACAACCACUUCCAAGCUCCCUUCAGUCCCAAACACGUGCACACCGCUGAUGAUCCGUUCGCCGCGAGCGUAUUCCCGUCUGCCUUUACUCAACUGGGGCCCGAGUACAGUGGCGGUACCGUGGCUGGUCCAGCCAGACAAGCCGCGCCCAUGGGACCACCGCAGCCCUUCGAUGCCCGAAAACCUUCGUAUGGUACGUAUAAAUCAAUCCCAUUGCCAGCGGUACCAGAUGUCAGGAUGCCAUGCAAGCCUCUUCCGGCGUCUCGCACCACCUUCGAAGAUGUCGGCCGCAGUUUUGGCAGCAACUUUUUAUCCCGACCCAGCAUACCGGGCGUAUCAGCGUUCUUGCCGGCACGGGUGGCCGGCACUGGUCCGGACAUGGAUCGCAGGCACUUGUCCGUUGCUUCUAUGGAGUCGCUGCGCGGUAAGCCCGUCACUCCGCGCGAGGCUGCACGGGAAAAUAUAUUCAAGAUUCGCGGUCAUGCAGUUGAGCGCUCCCUCAGCCGAGAGAAUCUUGGGUCUUUCAGCUCUGUUGAUGUCGAGCAUGAGCACAGCCAGCUGCCUCGACGCAGUGUGCUACACGAUCCUUUCAAGGGCGAUCUAAAGACCGAGUGCACUUCGUCAUCGGCAUCUCGCCGCAGCGAAAGUGAGGACCACAGCACUAUUAUGCAGACGGCUGCUCGUUCCGUGWUCUCUCAAAAAACUGAUAUCGUGGACGACGAAUACCAAUCGCUGGCUAUUUACGCCAAUCCGCAUGGCUCCAUCGAACACCCACGCACCUCAUCCUCCAUGCACAGCUCGGCCAAGAAGGUGGGCGUGAGCCCGGAAAAACGGCUUGAUGAUUGGUGGACCUCUGGCAGCAACUUCGGCCGGCAAGAGGAGUUGUACCAGAGCAUUCAAGCUAUUUCCAAGCCACGUCAUUCAAUGGAAAUCGCCGCGGCUCGCGUGUCCGCCGUCGCCAAUGCGCGACGCCCAACCGGGACCGCCUCUACGAAUGGCGAUAUUCUCACGCGCGUGCUCAUUCCCGUGUAUKCGAAUCUCGCCUCGUACGUCGAAGGUCCAUUGGAGAGUCGUCGUGACUACUGGUCGCAUUGGUCUCAGGCACCAGAAUGGUGCAUUGAUCGUGGCCCAAACGGGAACAAGUCCUUUUACGACGACCAUCGGGAGAUAGAAGCUCGGAGCGGCCGCGACUCAAGAUAUUCCUCCAUGGGGAGUGACUCGAGGUUUGCUGGCGUUGCAGUACCUGCCAGCCUGGAGAGGCGGCUGCGUAGCACUCAGCUAUGA